CGCUUGAGAGAGAAGCUCGGACCUGAGAGGCGGAAAAAAGCAACUUAAACCAGAAGCUGAACUGCAUGUGAUUUCAGGGACGGAGCAGGUUCUCAAUCUCUGUCUGUGGGGGAUCUAUAAUCCCGCAAACUGGAAAUUAGCGACGGCAAUCUCACCCUCACAUUCUCUGACAGAAUCCCACUUUCACAACAGGAUUAUUUAAACAAGAAAGGAUUUAUCAUUUGGUUCCAAUUUGUAUCCCUCUCGGGAACUAGCUGUGGAUUCUAUGAUCUGUCUGAAAGGAUAACUCGUUAAUUGAAAGAAAAGAAGGAAUCUCUCUUAAACGGGACUGAAGGAAUGUUUGUACUGAGUUUGUGUCUCAUUUCACUGCCUGCUCUGCUAUCAGGUUUGAGGUGUUAUAUCCCCUGCUCCAAUGGAGGUCGAUGUAACAGGAAUCCCAAUGGUACCGAGGUUUGCCUGUGCAGUGCGGGCUAUGUUGGAGACCGAUGUCAGUUCCCUGACCCGUGCCUCAGCUCACCCUGCAAGAACGAGGGCACCUGCAGUUCUGUUGUACAUGGCCAGACUGUGGACUAUGCCUGCACAUGCCAGCUGGGAUUCAUGGACCGUCUGUGUCUCACACCCCUCGACAACGCUUGUCUCAGCAACCCCUGCCGAAACGGGGGCAGCUGCCAACUCGUAAACAGCCUGCAGGAGUACAAGUGUCGCUGCCCCCCAGGCUGGGCAGGUAAGCAGUGCCAACAGGCUGACCCAUGUGCAUCCAACCCCUGUGCCAAUGGAGGUCAGUGUGUGGCUUUUGAACAUCACUACAUCUGCAAGUGCAUGCCUGGAUUCCAUGGCCCCAUCUGUAAGCAGGACAUCAAUGAGUGUGGAGUUAACCCCUCGCCCUGCCGUAAUGGGGGAACCUGCCUUAACCAGAUUGGCUCCUAUCAGUGUACCUGUCCACCCGAGUACACCGGCCGCAGCUGUGAGAGUCUCUACGUGCCCUGUUCGCCCUCGCCCUGCCAGAACGGAGGGACCUGUCAGCAGCUGGGGGAUGCUCUGUAUGACUGUACCUGCCUCCCAGGGUUUUCUGGUCAGCACUGUGAGGUGAAUGUCGACGAUUGUGUUGACCAUCACUGUCAGAAUGGAGGGUUGUGUGUGGAUGGUGUGAACACCUACAACUGCCAGUGUCCUCCGGAGUGGACAGGUCAGUUCUGUACUGAGGAUGUAGAUGAAUGUCAGCUGCAGCCCAAUGCCUGUCAGAACGGAGGGACCUGCCAUAACACUAACGGUGGCUAUAACUGCGUCUGUGUCAAUGGGUGGACCGGCGAUGAUUGCAGCGAGAACAUCGAUGACUGUGCUAUCGCGGCCUGCUACAGUGGGGCCACAUGCCAUGACCGUGUUGCCUCCUUCUACUGCGAGUGUCCUCAUGGCAGGACAGGGCUGCUCUGUCACCUCGACGAUGCGUGUAUCAGUAACCCAUGCCAUGAGGAGGCAAACUGCAGCACGAAUCCUGUCAAUGGCAAGGCCAUCUGCACCUGUCCAGUCGGAUUCUCAGGGGCUGCCUGCAAGCAGGAUGAUGAUGAAUGCUCUCUAGGUUCCAACCCCUGUGAGCAUUCAGGGAAGUGCAUCAAUACCCUCGGCUCCUUCGAGUGUCUCUGCCAGCCAGGCUACCAUGGCCCUCGAUGUGAACUGGACAUUAACGAGUGUAUGUCCAGCCCCUGCCAGAAUGACGCUACCUGCCUUGACCUGAUUGGAAAGUUUCAGUGCAUUUGCAUGUCCGGAUAUGAGGGAAUCUUCUGUGAAAUUGAUAUUGAUGAAUGUGCCAGUAAUCCAUGCUUAAACAAGGGCAACUGUGUCGACAAAAUCAAUAAGUUUGAGUGCGAAUGCCCCUCAGGAUUCAAUGGGAAUUUGUGUCAGAUUGAUGUGGACGAGUGUGCGAGCACUCCCUGCCAGAACGCAGCACGCUGUGUGGAUGGGCCCAAUAAAUAUCACUGCGAAUGUUUGAAAGGUUUUACUGGGACUCUCUGUGAGAUGGACAUCAAUGAGUGCGAGCAGGACCCUUGUCACUAUGGGGAAUGCAAGGAUGCCAUUGCGACCUUUAUCUGUGUCUGUAGCCCUGGUUAUACAGGCCGUGUGUGUGACAUUAACAUCAACGAGUGUCAAAGCCAACCAUGUCAGAACGGAGGGAGUUGCCAGGAUAAGAUAAAUGGCUACACCUGUGCCUGUCUCACAGGGACCAUAGGUGUAAACUGUGAAACAAACUUGGAUGAUUGUGCCAGUAAUCCCUGUGAAUAUGGCAACUGUAUUGAUCAGAUUAACAGUUACGACUGUGUCUGUGAGAUUGGAUACACAGGUCCCAUGUGUAACAUUAACAUCGAUGAGUGUGCAUCAAAUCCCUGUCACAAUGGAGGGACAUGCAAAGACGACAUCAACAGCUUCACGUGUGUCUGUCCUGAGGGUUAUCACGACUUGGUGUGUUUCUCCGAAGUGAACGAGUGUAACAGCAACCCCUGUAUUCAUGGAGAGUGUAAAGACAACCUCAACGGGUACAACUGUGAGUGCAGCCCUGGUUGGACCGGCACAAACUGUGACCUGAAUGUUAACGAGUGUGACUCUCAUCCCUGUGUUAAUGGGGGGACAUGUCGGGACAUGAACAACGGCUACCUGUGUGACUGUCGCCCAGGUUUCCGCGGACCCAACUGCCAGACGAACAUCAAUGAGUGUGCGUCCAACCCCUGCCUGAAUCACGGCAGCUGCAUUGACGAUGUGGCUGGAUACAAGUGUAACUGUGUCUUACCAUACACAGGUGUGAAUUGUGAGGACGUUCUGGCUCCGUGCUCCAGUGAGCCAUGUAAAAAUGGUGGCGUUUGUCAGGAGUCUGAAGAUUAUGAGAAUUUCUCAUGUGGCUGUCCAGAGGGAUGGCAAGGCCAGACCUGCGAGAAGGAUGUGAAUGAAUGUGUGAAGAGCCCGUGUCUCAAUGGAGCCACUUGCCAGAACUCGAUGGGUGAAUUCCAGUGCGUCUGUCGGCAGGGAUACACCGGGACUAUCUGUGAAACUGAUGUGGACGACUGUCAGCCCAAUCCCUGCCAUAACGGCGGCUCCUGCUCUGAUGGCGUUAACACCUUUAUCUGUUCCUGUCUCCCGGGUUUCCGUGGUCCGAAGUGUGAGGAGGAUAUUAACGAGUGCGCCAGUGACCCGUGUAAAAACAAUGGCAACUGCACCGACUGCGUCAACAGCUACACCUGUACCUGUCCCCUGGGGUUCAGUGGCAUGCACUGUGAGAAUAAUGCCCCUGACUGCACUGAAAGCUCCUGUUUUAAUGGGGGGACUUGUAUCGAUGGAAUCAAUACCUUCAGCUGCCUCUGUCCAACCGGUUUCACAGGCAGCUACUGCCAACAUGACAUCAACGAGUGUGACUCCAAACCAUGUCUCAAUGCUGGCACCUGUCAGGAUAGCUAUGGUACCUACAAGUGUACCUGUCCCCAGGGCUACACCGGCCUCAACUGUCAGAAUCUGGUGCGUUGGUGCGAUUCAUCACCCUGUAAGAAUGGUGGCACAUGUUGGCAGACGGGCACCACCUAUCGGUGUGAGUGCCGCAGCAGCUGGACUGGGCUGUACUGUGAUGUGCCCAGUGUGUCCUGUGAGGUGGCUGCCAAACAGCAAGGGGUGGAAUCAGACCAGUUGUGUCAGAACAGCGGCCUCUGCAUUGAUGCUGGGAAUACCCACCACUGCCAGUGCCAGGCGGGAUAUACUGGCAGCUACUGUGAGAAGCAGGUGGAUGAGUGUGCGCCAAACCCCUGCCAGAACGGAGCCACGUGUACCGACUACCUGGGUGGCUACUCCUGUGAGUGCGUCGCUGGUUACCACGGAAUCAACUGCUCGGAGGAGAUUAGCGAGUGCCUCUCACAGCCCUGCAAGAAUGGCGGCACCUGCAUCGACCUCAUCAACACCUACAAGUGUUCCUGCCCUCGGGGGACACAGGGUGUGCACUGUGAGAUAAACCUGGAUGACUGUAACCGUCAGGUGGACUCUCUCUCAUUGGACCCUCGGUGUUUUAACAAGGGUCGGUGUGUUGACCGUGUUGGGGGUUACAGCUGCAUCUGUCCACCGGGAUUCGUAGGUGAACAUUGUGAGGGUGAUGUCAAUGAGUGUCUGUCGAACCCGUGUGACAGCCGAGGGACCCAGAACUGUGUUCAACUCAUCAAUGCCUUCCACUGCGAGUGCAGGCCUGGCUACACAGGUCUCCGGUGUGACCGGGUCUUUGACGGCUGCAAAAGCCGCCCGUGCCGGAAUGGCGGGACCUGCGCUGUCGCUGGUAACACAGCUCAUGGCUUCAUCUGUCGGUGCCCACCGGGUUAUGAGGGAGCCUCCUGUGAGAACCAUGCGAGUACCUGUGGAAAUCUGAUUUGCCGUAAUGGAGGGAGAUGUGUGUCGAGUCUGGGAGGGCCUCCUCGCUGUGUCUGCCCCCCAGGGCGAGGGGGGGUGGAUUGUCAGCUGCCCACCAGGAACCCCUGUGAGUCCAACCCAUGCUACAACGGGGGCACAUGUGAGAGUGUGCUCACUGAGCCUUUCUAUCGCUGUCGCUGUCCCCGCCUCUUUAAUGGGCUGCAGUGCUUCAUCCUGGAUUAUGAAUUUGGAGGGGGUAGUGGGCAGGACAUCACCCUCCCCCCCAACAUCGACCUGCACUGUGACAAAGCUGAAUGUGCCCAGCUCGCCACUAACCGGGUGUGUGAAGCUCACUGUAACACCUACGCCUGUGACUGGGAUGGGGGUGACUGCAGCCUAAACUUCAGCAACCCCUGGAAGAACUGCUCACAGGCACUGCAAUGCUGGCGGUACUUUGGAGAUGGGAAAUGUGACGAGCACUGCAACAACGCAGGCUGCCUGUACGAUGGAUUCGACUGUCAGAGCGUCGAGUCACAGUGCAACCCCCUGUAUGACCAGUACUGUAAGGACCACUAUGGCGACGGGCACUGUGACCAGGGCUGUAACAAUAUCGAGUGUGAAUGGGACGGUCUGGAUUGUGCCAAUGACAAACCGCAGAAGCUGGCAGACGGGACGUUGGUCCUGAUUGUCCUGGUGCCCCCGGAGCAGCUCCAGAACGAUUCGGUGGGAUUCCUCCGAGAGCUCAGUCAUAUCCUGCACACCAACGUGAAGUUCAAGAAGCAUCCUGAGGGCGAUAUAAUGGUUUACCCGUACUUUGGGAACGAGACGGAGCUGCACAAACAUCAUGUGAAGAGAUCGCUGGAGGAGGUCAGCAGUCAGGUUAUCAAUGCUUUCAGCAGCGUCAAGCACUCCCUCUACACGGUGAUGACCCCCAGGAUCCGCAGGGAGCUGGACCGGAAUGAGGUCAAAGGAUCGAUCGUGUACCUGGAAAUCGAUAAUCGGCAGUGCUACCAGGCUUUCUCCGACUGUUUUGCCAGCGCAACAGAUGUGGCAGCAUUCCUGGGAGCCAUGGCAUCCCGUGGCAGUCUCCAGCUCCCGUACAACAUUGAGGUUGUGCAGAGUGAAGAUGGUCUGACGCCUCCUGCCGUUAACCUUUACCCCAUGUAUGUCAUGGUGUCUGUGCUCAUCUUCCUCGCCUUUGUGGGUAUGGGGGUGCUGGUGUCCAGGAAGAGGCAUCGCCAGCAUGGCCAGCUCUGGUUCCCUGAAGGCUUCAAGGUCACUGAGACCAGCAAGAAGAAACGGCGGGAGCCGCUGGGCGAGGAUUCAGUUGGGUUGAAGCCCUUGAAGAAUACUUCCGAUGGAGCACUCAUGGAUGACAACCAGAAUGAGCACUGGGGCGAUGACAGUGGGACUGACACCAAGAGAUUCAAGUUUGAAGAACAGGCGAUUUUGGUGAACCGUGAGGACCACACUGACCACAGGCAGUGGACACAACAACACCUGGAUGCUGCGGAUCUCCGCCUCCCCACCAUGGCCCCCACCCCUCCACAGGGUGAGAUUGAGUCUGACUGCAUGGACGUCAAUGUCAGAGGCCCAGACGGGUUCACCCCCCUGAUGAUUGCCUCAUGCAGUGGGGGGGGUCUGGAGUCAGCGAACAGUGAGGAGGAAGUGGACGAUGCCUCUGGCAAUCUCAUCUCAGAUUUCAUCUACCAGGGUGCCAACCUCCACAACCAGACAGACCGGACGGGUGAGACUGCCCUGCACUUGGCCGCUCGCUAUGCCCGUUCUGACGCUGCCAAACGUCUCUUGGAAUCCAGCGCAGAUGCUAACAUCCAGGACAACAUGGGCAGGACCCCACUCCAUGCUGCUGUGGCUGCCGAUGCCCAGGGGGUUUUCCAGAUCCUGAUCCGGAACCGAGCGACUGAUUUGGAUGCCCGGAUGCAUGAUGGGACCACACCCCUCAUCCUGGCUGCUCGCCUUGCCGUGGAGGGAAUGGUGGAAGAACUGGUUAAUUGUCAUGCUGAUGUCAACGCCGUGGACGACUUCGGGAAGUCGGCUCUGCACUGGGCAGCUGCUGUGAAUAACGUGGAGGCAACAAUGGUCCUUUUGAAAAAUGGAGCCAAUAAGGACAUGCAGGACAACAAGGAAGAGACUCCGCUGUUCCUGGCAGCCCGUGAAGGGAGUUAUGAGACCGGUAAGCUCCUGCUCGAGCACUUUGCGAACCGUGAGAUCACUGACCACAUGGACAGGCUGCCUCGAGACAUUGCCCAGGACCGUAUGCACCAUGAUAUUGUGAGGCUGCUGGACGAAUACAACCUGGUGAGGAGCCCCCAGGUGCAGAUGGGGCCCAACGCCACCACCCUCUCCCCGCCAAUCUGCUCGCCCAACGGCUACGUGGCCAACCUCAAACCAGCCGGCCACAGCAAGAAGACUCGGAAGAACAGUACCAAGGCCGGGAGCAGCAAGGAGUCCAAAGAGGUCAAGGCAAAGAGGAAGAAGUCCCAGGAUGGGAAGGGGAGCCUGCUGGACAGCUCAGCUGUCCUGUCUCCUGUCGAUUCCAUGGAGUCCUCCCACACCUACCUCUCGGACGUGGCCUCUCCUCCUCUCUUGACAUCACCGUUCCAGCAGUCGCCCACCAUUCAGCUCAACCAUUUGCAAGGAUUAGCCGGGGAUGGGCACCUGAACCUGGGCCACUUGGGCAUGGGCAGCAAGCAGGAGAUGGCCCUGAGUGGGACCAACAGGAUGGUCUUCGAAUCGGUGGCUCCUCACCUCUCUCAUCUCCCCACUUCCAACGGGCAGCCUCUGGGCAACGCUUCGAUGGGCAUGAACUUAGGGGGUGCUGGGACUAUAAGCGGUCAGUGCGAUUGGCUGGCUCGGAUGCAGGCUGGAAUGGCCCAGAAUCCUUACAACAGCAUGAGGAACCCAGUCCAGGCACAACCUGGGGGGAUCCAGCAGAACCAGCGCGGCUUGAUGACCUCCUUACGCAACGGCAUACCCAACACAUCCUUAUCUCAGAUUGUAAACUACCAGGGCCUGACCAACAACACCAGGUUGGCACAACCCCAUCUGAUGCAGCAGCAGUCGCAGGGCAUGCAACCACUCAACACCAUGUCCAAUGGAAACACUCACCCCACAAGUCAAAGCUACUGUAGUGCAGAUUCACGGCAGAAUGAUUUGCCCCCGAUGGGAGGAAACACCCUCCCCAUCCACAUGGUUUCAGCUCAGGAGACCCAGCUGGUCCAGACAGCAAUGCCAACCUCUGUGAGUCAGUCAAUGGCCACCACCCAGUUCCUGACUCCCCCCUCACAACAUGGCUACUCCUCCUCUAUGGACAACACACCAAACCACCCGUUCCCAUUGGCCGAUCACCCUUUCCUCACCCCCUCCCCUGAGUCACCUGACCAGUGGUCCAGCUCCUCACCGCACUCCAACAUGUCGGACUGGUCAGAAGGAAUCUCCAGUCCCCCAAACAGUAUGCACUCCCAAAUGGGUCACCUCUCUGACCAGGUCUUCAAGUGAAACCCCCACCACCUCCACACCCUCCUCUUGCCCCCUCCAAAACCCACCCUACCACAUCGACCCCAUUCCCAGGUUCAGGCCGCUCAGUGACACCAGAGGGGAAACAGCUGAAGCUUCUGACGGGACAAUGGGAGAGCCUUUGAUUGGACUUUAAGAAACUGUUAGUCCAGUUUCUGUUGGAUGUAGGGUUUUAGACAAACGAGGAAGGGGCAGAGUUGUGUUCUUUGCUUUUGUUUAAUUUAUUUAUGUACUUUCUAUUUUUACUGCGUUUUUUUAAUUUAAUUCAUCGAUGGGUUUUAUUUGUUGGUGUUUGAGAAGUUAGCUGGCUGUUGUGUGGCUGCUGACUCUCCAUCACAACCCUGGGUGGUUAGAGACUGUAGCUUUUGUAGAAACCUGUCACUUUUUAAAAAAACAAAAAUUAUAUAGCUGGUAUUUGUGUCAAUGGGUUUUUAGCCAAAUGAUUUGUUGCUAAUAAUUAAUGUAUAAAAUAGUGUGGCUUAUAUUUAUGAGUUCUGAAUCUUCUACAGAAAGAAUUAAAAAUGAACUGUGUAAAUGUGUGUGUAUACGCUCACCAAACACUCUCUCUCUCACUCUCUCUCUCUCUCUCUCUCACUCUUUCUCUAUCUCACUCUCUCUCUCUCUCUCACUCUUUCUCUACCGCACUCUCUCUCUCACUCUCUCUCUCACUCUCUCUCUCUCACUCUCUCUCACUCUCUCUCACUCUCUCCCUGACACUCACUCGCACACAUAUAUUCACACUCAUUCAUACACUCACUCGCACACAACCAUUCAAUUCUUUCACACGCUCACGCAAACACUCAGGCACACACAAAGUCACUCUUGUACGAUCACACUCUUGACACACUCACAUACACACUCACUGCUGUGCAGUCACUUUGACACCGGGGGUGGGGGCGGUGGGCGACAGCUUCAGCUGCGUAUUGAAUGGCAUGAGUUUCAGAAGAUGGCCACAUCUGGAGAAGACAGCCACAUCUGGAGCAGUCACAGCAAACUGCACAUUUGAAAAUCAUAAGCAAGUUGAGUUUUCAUUGUUAAUGUGGAUCUACCCUGAGAUUCUGACCUCAUUUUUGUGAUCUCAGCCCCUGAAACGGAACCCAGGAAAGUGAGCACUUGUGAUCAAAACCAGGAGAGAUACUUUUUACUUUUGUUUUUGUAACCACCUUGCUGAAAACAUUCGUUUAUCUGAAUUAUUUCAAUAAUGACACUAUGUUUAAAAAAAAAUGGCACAUAAGUUAUUCUGGGUGGGAGGGAGAUACGAGGGAAGGAAUAGAAAAUUAACGGUUUGGGCUGUGUGAACUAGCGGGCGAGUUCUACACCCAAAUUUAUUCCUCCUCCACCGUCGGCCCUGUCACUCCCACCACCUCCCCACCACCACCACCACCCCACCACCAUCCCCCCCUCCACCCAUUGCAUAUUUCCCUUCCCCCUCAAUUUGACCACCUCUUGGAGAUUAUAACCAGACAACUUUACAAUGAGAGGCUCCAAGUCUGUCAGUCUCAGCAAGAUGUACAAGCCAUGGCGAGGAGACUUCAAGAGAAAAGGAUGGGGUUGGAGGAAGGGUGGGGGGGGCGUGGUGGAAUCCGCCCAUGAUCCUGAAGUACCGUGGUAGGGGGAGGGGAGGCGGGAACACGACUAAAGCAUUUACACUCAAUCCCUCGAGGUGUUGCGGAGUUAGUAAACAGGGGGGACGCUGAGUGUAUCCCACCCCACAGACCCCCCCCAAUUAGAAAGAUGGGGAUUGCCUUUAAAAGGAGAUUGUGUAAAAGGACAAUUAGGCUGUUCAAAUUCAAGGCCAUGUCUGUAAACAGUGUAAAUAAACUGUGUUUAUUAAAAGAUUUUGUUUCAGAAAUCUGUAUGAUGUAAGUGAGACAGUUAAACAUGUCCUGACCAUGCAUCGCAGUGUUAUAUAGACUCCAGACAGCCAUGUGAAGACUUCUGGUCACCCAGAGGGGCUUAGUCUGAAAAUCUGUUGUAUUUUCUGUUAACUGCUUUUUGUAAAAGGUUCUAAUAACAAUAAAGCUGUGCCAAGGGCAUCUAGAUCUG